ACUCUCCCCCCUCGCUAGUAAAGCAAGCGACUCGUCGGAUGAGCGGUGCGCGCGCCCGUCCGUCUUCGCUCGGCGUCACUUAAAGUUUGAAUUCGUAACCGUGAGUAAAAUAAAAGUUUUUACUAGUUUAACUUCGAUUUUAUAUACGCGAAAGGGAGGGACUGCGCGCGUUGUCUUGGGGCCGUCUGUAGUGUUUUUGGUUUUGUUGGUUGUGCUGUUGUUGUUUCCAAGUUGACGGAUGGGUUCCGGUCACUUUUAUUUUCUGUCAGGAAAUUCGCCUCAGUUCAAGACUGUACUUUUUUUUUUUUUUUUUUUUUCUUGGGCCAUCCUCGUUUUUCAGUACAAUUUCUUUGACUGUUUAACAUAAUUGUGUUUCUUUAUGUGCAGUUGAGUUUUACCGUGCUCAGCAGGUCGGGCUGUGUGUGAGUCGUGUUUAGAAGAAGAAGUCUGAAAACAGAGGAAUGAAUCUUGCUGUACCGAUCGAUUAACUGCUGCUGUUUCACGAAACACUCUGAGUGAGGAACUUCAGUUAGCAAUUCUUGCAUUUUUCGGAAACUGCAGCUGACAUCGCUCUGUUUUUACUCUGAAAACCUCCAUAUUGUAAUUGUGGCUGCAGACCGACGUCACACCAGUUCGUGUCCCGACUCCCGUACCCAGUUUAAGCUGCACUCUUGAUUCAGAUUUGGAGGAUCCGAAGUGAGUCUGAAACAGCAGCGCUACUGACUUGACUUUUUAAUAAUCAAAAUAAAUAGUCCUUUUUUUUUUCCCCCUGGUUAUUAUGACUUAAUCGAAGCAAAUGAUGGCACAUCGUGACGUUUUCAAUCAAAAUAUGUCCUGGAAUUUACUAAUCUCUUUUCUUAAAGCGGUGGGAAAUAUUAGCGAUACACUUUUGGAGCUGGGGCAGAACGAUUAAAAUAAAUAAUUGUAAAAUUAGCAGGAAAAGGGGCCGUCCUAAAGCCCGGUCCGUUCCUCGGCUGCAGCCCACUUUUACAGAUGGGCUCCGCUGUUCCACCUUUCGAGUUGAGUGUCUCGUAGUCCCCGCUCGUUCUUCGCCUGCAGACUGCGGCGCGGAGCUUGUGUUGCUUCUCUUCUAUUGCUCCACUCGGAACAUCUUGCUUUUCUGAUUCUCGGACAGUAAAUAUUCCACGUAAACGGACGUUUCUUUCCAUUUCGAAAUUAUUCGAAUAAAGGACAUUUUAUUCGAUCACCGUCCAAGUAAAUGUGAACCUUGGGAGUAAUUUUAUGAAACAUCGGAGAAAGUUUGCACUUCUCAACUUAACGGCCAGACCUUAGUUAAAAGCAUUUUCUCAGCCAGGAUCGCAGCGGGUUUUAUUUUUUACAUUCAUUGGCUUGGCGUUCUGUGUCAAUUAAGAUGUCCCAACGCUAGCGCCGUGGCGCUUGCAGGCGCCUCUUUUGCCACUCCGAGUAAACAGAGUGUGCUCCGGCUGAGGAUGACUCCCCUGGGCCGCCGCAGGAUCGCAUCUCCAUCGUCUCUUCAAGACUGACUUCCAGAGAGGAGCGAGUGCGGGGCUCUCUGGGGCCCUCACCGUGGCCGCCCAGGUGCCCGCCCCCGGGCUCGACCCCGUCUGCACCGUUCCUCCAAAUGGUUCUGAUUAUUCUCUGACGAUCUGCAAGCAGCUUGGAAGUGACUACCACCACCUGCCAACAUGAAUGAGCGACAGGCUCUCCACUCCAUCAUGAAAGACCUAGUGGCACUGCAGAUGACACGGCGCCAAGUCCAGCCCAGUUUUGACACAGGCAAGACCAAGCCUGUUAGCUCUGCCAACAGACAGGAUGAUGUACGAAUCAAGUUUGAAUUCUGCGGGGAGAGGAGGAUCUUGAUGUUUGGACGGCCAGUGCAAUUUGAAGAGGUACGGCAGAAGAUGAAAGCAGUCUUCAGCCAACAGCUGGACCUGCAUUACAUGAAUAACGAGUUAUCUAUCCCUUUGCGCAGUCAAGAUGAUCUGGAUAAAGCCAUUGACCUGUUUGAUCGCAGCUCCAACACAAAGAGCAUCAAAAUCCUUCUUCUGACCCCAGAGCAUAACAAUGCUUCCUCACACAGUACCGUGUGCAAACAGGUGCGGAUCAAAGCCUCUCAAUCCACAGGUGAUGUCAACGCCACCUAUCAGUCUUCCGAACCUAGAGGGCGUCACCUGUCUAGCAGCUCCCAGAAUACAGGUCGUAGCUCUCCACCCCCUGGCUAUGUCCCAGAGCGACAGCAACGCAUCGCCCGCCAGGGCUCCUAUACCAGCAUCAACAGCGAGGGGGAAUUCAUCCCUGAGACUAAUGACCAGUGUGUCCUGGACCCCUGGAGCAGUGCAGAGAACUCUGUGUCAAGCAGCUGCCAGUCUCUAGACAGUAACUCAGACAGUCCUGCCCUCAGGAAGUCACGGAUGUACAGAGCCAAGAGCUACCCCGACAACCGGCAGGACUUAUCCGAUCGUGAGAACCACAUUUAUGACAAGGUGGUGGGAAAGGGGGGGACAUACCCUCGCAGGUACCAUGUCUCCCCCCAGCACAAGGACCACAAUGAAGGACGGAGGACCUUCCCUCGAAUCCGCCGCCCCCAGGGCAACCUGUUCACGCUAGUUCCAUCAUGCCGUGCCCUCAAUGGCAGCGAGGAGAGCCUGGGUUCUACAUGGCAGCUGAUGGAUCCACAGGGCCGGCUUCGUCCCCAGGACAGAGGGGUUCCCCAUAAGUCCCCUAGCGCCCCCAUAACAUGGAGGCGGGGCAAACUUCUAGGGCAAGGAGCUUUUGGGCGGGUUUACCUGUGUUAUGAUGUGGACACGGGCCGAGAGCUGGCAGCCAAGCAGGUCCAGUUUGACCCGGACAGCCCCGAGACCAGCAAGGAGGUGAGUGCCCUGGAGUGCGAGAUCCAGCUGCUGAAAAACCUGCACCAUGAACGUAUUGUGCAGUACUAUGGCUGCCUGCGUGACCACAAUGAGAAGACCCUCACCAUCUUCAUGGAGUACAUGCCAGGGGGUUCAGUGAAGGACCAACUCAAGGCCUACGGUGCCCUAACGGAGAACGUGACCCGGAAGUACACCCGGCAGAUCCUGGAGGGCAUGUCCUACCUGCACAGCAACAUGAUUGUGCAUCGUGAUAUCAAAGGUGCCAACAUCCUGAGAGACUCUGUGGGAAAUGUGAAGCUGGGAGAUUUUGGAGCCAGCAAGAGGCUUCAGACAAUCUGCAUGUCUAGCACAGGGAUGCGCUCUGUCACUGGCACCCCCUACUGGAUGAGCCCAGAGGUGAUCAGCGGCGAGGGCUACGGCAGGAAAGCCGACGUAUGGAGUCUGGGCUGCACCAUGGUGGAGAUGCUGACAGAGAAACCUCCCUGGGCAGAGUAUGAGGCUAUGGCGGCCAUCUUCAAAAUUGCCACACAGCCCACAAACCCUGUGCUGCCAUCCCACACCUCGGAGAAUGCCCGUGACUUUCUGCGGCGUAUUUUCGUGGAGGCCAGGCAUCGGCCAAGUGCCGAGGAAUUGCUCAGGCACCCCUUCUUACAGGUCGUGUGCUGAGGAUUUUCCCUUCGCAUCCUGAAUUCACCUCCUUCCACAGUCUGGGAUACCCUGAAGUGUAGCACCAGUUAGACUUCCGUGAUGCUCCUCCAACUUCCCUCCACUAGGGGGCUGCGUCAACCCUCACAAGCUACCAAGAAUGGGAAGAGGCGUUAUGCACCAUGUGGUGUGACGGACCGGAGUGCCAUCACCACACAAGAAGGUGGACUUCUUGAACUGCAGCGCUCCCUCAGUGCAUUUCAUAUGGACUGCUGAAGCAAGUGUCCUUCCCCAAGGUGGACCUGUGGUGCUCUGUCCAUCUGCUCUAAAAGUGCCUUUUGAAAUACACCAAAGUGUUCAUAGCUCUAUGUUUACACUUGAGCCUUUCUGUAACUUGUGUUCCUUGUCCUGCAGAUCUGAGGGUCAAAGUCAGUGUUAGCCAUGUGCUAAUCUUAUCGCCACUGUCUGAUUGGACAGUGUACAUUAGUUCUGCAUGGCAGGAUGGUCUGCCAAUGUACUGAAUGUUCUCAGAAGGAUUUUUCCAUUCUUUUUCCUUCACUCAGUUUUUUUUUUCUUUGUCCAUUGCUCCUGUUCAGUUUUAUUUAUUUUUUUUAAACCUUCGGAUAUGCCACAUAAAGAGCUGGACCCAUCUAAUAUUCAGGGGGGUCUCUGUCAUCUUUAUGGACUUUGUACUGCCUGCAGAUCCUUCAUGUCCCCACCCUAAGAGCUAUUAGCCUGUACUUGCAAAAGAGUGGGACUUAGAAGCCAUGUGCUUCUCCUCGCCAUGUCUGCUACUCAUGCAUGUUGACAUACCAAAGAGUUUCCUUUCACUCAACAGGAAGAGAAGAAAAGCAAAGGGAAUCUCCCAAACCAGACACAGCUAAAGGAGAAUUAUCUGUAGUAUUUCCCAAGGAGUUGCACAGUGAGGCUGAAGGAUGCUCUUUAGAAAGUUUGUGUUUGCACGAUCAUGGCAGUAGGACUUUCUCCUGGGAUGUGACUGGGCAAUUGGAGGAAUUUUCCUCUGGUUUUGCUUUUACUUUUUGUUCAGCCAGAAAUGCACUUUUUUUGGAACAUGAAUGUGUUUCUCCCCCCCCCCAUUCCCUUCCCUCUCCCAUUGUUUGUCACAGCUUUUUCACCUUUUUAUCAUUCAAUGUGAAGCAUCUCUUUAUUUAUGUCCCAAAUGUCCAUUUAUUUGAAUUUUUAUAUAUAAAUAUAUAUGUAUAAAUAUAUUUUUUAUAUAUUGACUCUAAACGGUUUGAAAUCCAAGGAUGCGUUUAGAAUUACAAGGAUAUGAUUAGGAAAUAAGACUUAGAAUCGUUGAAGCAGCUGGUUUUGCAGAGAUUACACCAUGGGUUAAUAAUAUUGUGCAACAAGGGUUGAUAACCUGCUCUGUUCAUCCAGGCAGCAAAUUGACAUCAGUUCCAGACAUCCGUUUUGGGAGACGGUGUUACAGUGCCUUCCAUUCUUUGACACCCUGAAGCAGGGCUGCGUGUCAUUUUUCUGGCCACGAUGACUUGAGGACCGCAGAGUAGAGUUCAACCCAGCAUGACGAUUUUGGUUAGUCCAGGGUUUGACUGUGACUCAUGUCCUCAGAGUAGAGCUGUGGAAAUUCUACAGUACCUCGAGUGGAAAUGACAGGCUGAAAAACUAAUUGCUUCAGCCCUAAAGUUACUGCUAAUUUGGCUGUAAAUUGAACUAAACUUUCAGUUACAACAAACUUCUGUAAUUCACAAUUCCCACCAUGUUACUUUGUAGCCGAAGUGAAAAUUGGAAAAAAUUUUAACAGUGACAUGUAGUUUCACUGUUAUGUUUCAAAUAUAUGGACAAAGUGGUAUCUGGAGCUUUUUUGGCUAUGGAUGCCUGUCCUAGGUAUUAUAGAAUAUGUUUAAGCUACCAGAGGACAUGGUCACAGGGGUCUGUCAGGCUCAAUUUUCUUAUGCCUUGCUCACAAAGAGGGCUAAUGAUCAAAUGGAUGACGUGCAGCUGCUCAGUGUUAGUCAGCUGAAAUCAGUAUUAAAAUGAUCAGUGAUAUAAGGCACUUGCCAAAGCUUAUAAUCAAUGAACCCUGGAGUAAUCAAAGGAUUACAGAACUGCAGUUUAUAUAUAUAUAUAUGAAUACAUAUAGGAAAUAUAUAUUUGUAUCUUGACAGGGGACUUGCAGUGCAAAGUCCAGUAUAUCAAAUAUAUUUACAAUAAAAGUGAGGAGUAUGUCUUGUCAAAUGUUUGCACUUUUU